AUGGUGAACAUCAAUCUCCUCAGUUUAUUUGAGCGGAGCUGUGGAUCCACUGAUGGUGGUUCGGGUAGCAGCAUGAGCCGCGGAGAACUGAAUGUGGCCCCCAGAAUCGCCUUCGGUGGUGGAAACUACGCCGGCCAAGACAGGUCGCGCAACCCUUUACCGUACACGACAGGCCAUCUCACCUUGGGGAACAUCCACCUGGAUGAGACGGUGAAAUUGGUCUUUUCACGAAGAUUGGUUCGCCUAUACUUAGAGCGACAGCUGGGGGUAGUGCAGCAGUUGAGUCAGUUGCUGGGUAGAGUAGAGGGGGACGGCGCGAGCAUCAAAGUUACGCAAGAUUUACUUAGAGAUCAGUUGCGAAGAUUAGAGCAUUUCGUCGGGUUUAUUACUCUGACAGAUUAG